AGGGCAGCCAAUGCCGAGAUGAACACCCAACCGAUGGCCCGGAAGAUGUCCAACGCGGAGCAGGAGAAGCUCUCGCUGGCGGAGCGAGCGGUGAAGGUGACCAAGAACAAGGCCUGGACGACCGCGUUGCAGUACAAGAAGUCGCGAUCGUGCAUGCUCUUCACCUCCAUCACGACGUUGGUGUCGUGCGUGUUCUUCAUCGUGGGCACCUACACGGCGCACCAGUACGACUACAUCGUGAUCGCGGGUGAGGCUGUCUUCGCCCUCGUCUUUUUCGUGGACUACGUCCUGUCGGUCACCGCCGAAGCGGUGCGGUUAACAUACGUCCUGAGCUUCGAGGGCAUCGUAGACCUCUGCAGCAUCUUUCCUGUCUUCGGCGCCUUCUACAGUUGGCUCUACAGCCUUUCUUUCGUCAGAUACUUGCGACUUGGUAAGGUGACCCGCGUGAUUCGGAACCACCGGACGCUCGAAAAGAUUGGUACUUUCACCGAUGUGACCGUGAACGCGUGCCUGCUGGGGCUCAAGAUAUUGGGCCUGAUCCUGAUGACGACGGCCAUCAUCUACGGGACGGAGCAAGCCUUCAAGGGAGACGAGGACGGUAAAGCCUUCGAGGACGGUGGCACCACCGAAGAUAACGGCACCAUGCAGUGGCACGACUCCUUGUACUUCACCAUCGUGACGCUGUCUACGGUGGGGUACGGGGACGUGUUACCCGUGAUGGCCAUCAGCAGGAUGCUCAUGAUCGCGGUGAUUCUGGCCGCCCUGACGUACGUCCCGUUCGAGGUGGGGAACCUGAUGGAAAUCAUCGGCAGCCGACCCAAGAACAGAGUGGGAUACUCGAGGCACCUGCUCGGCAACAGGCUCCACGUGGUGCUCGCCAUGGUUCCCGGGAAGGACGACGGCGAGGGCGAGGCGGGUUUCAACGCGGCGUCUCUUCGGAGAAUCAUCGAAGAGCUCUUCCACGAGGAUCAUGGCAUGGACAAUGAGUCUCUCUGGGUCGUGAUCAUGAGCCCCUCCUCGCCCUCCCCAGAGGUCCUGAGCGUCAUACGGAGCCCCCUGUUCAUGUCGAGGGUCAUAUACUUCCGGGGAAGCGUCAUGGACCCUUUGGACAUGAACGCCGUAUGUGCGGAAUACGCCGACUGCAUCUUCUUGUUCCCAGCCGAAGGGGGCGGCUUGAUCGGGAGCUCCUCCGUGGAAAUGGAGGAGAAGACGACCCUCGCCGCAAAGUCGGUGCAGCGUUACCUCUACCGCACGCCCACGGACUCGGGGUUGAUGCGCCGGGUAUCGGAGCAAAGCGUCAUGGGUAUGCCUUGCCGCACCCUAGUUGCUGUGAAGGAGCUCAGCAGCAAAGAACAGCUGCUGCGGUUCGGCAUCAACCACGUGAUCUGCCACGACGAGCUCAAGAUGUCGAUGCUGGCCUGCGCCACCCUGUUUCCCGCCUUCCUGCCGUUCGCGAUCAACGCCAUGCGGAGCAGCAGCGACUACACCGUCCCGGUGGACAACACAGGAAAAGUCAAGCACAGCCGCAGCCCUUCCAGCGACGAGGCCGUGGCCGCCACGGCGGGCGACGGCCUUGACGAGACACGGAACUCCACGACUGGUGCCCCUCCGAUGUGGCUCACCGACUACAAGAGGGGCAUGAAGUACGAGGUCUACUCGCUGGCUCUCAAGGUGUGGGAAGGCUCGUGUCUCUGGGGGCUGACAUUCAGCAGAGCUGCCCUCGAGCUGUACGAGGACUCGAAGGGAGAGGUUCUCCUCAUGGCCAUGGUGCGCGACUUCCGGGACGUCGCUGCGGCCGGUCUCGGCUCCAGCAACGCGAAAGCAACACCCACGGACGGGCUGGCUGCCACCGCCGCCGCCGCCGGCAGCAGCAGCCCCCCGGCAGAGGCGACCGCCGUCCCCACCGCCAUGGAUACCAACGUCGAAGGGAGCGCCAGGUUGCAGUCUGGAGGGGGGACGCGGGAAGACAACCGACGACGGCGCGAGGGCGGGAGCGGGGGGUCGGGGGGAUGCUGCGCGUCGUUCGUGCACGCGACGAUCUUUCCUGGGGACGACUUCACCUUCGCGGGCGAGUGCAACGUGCUCGUUCUCGCGGGAUCCAAGAGCCAGGCGGAGGACUACCUGAUCAAGCUGCAGGACUCGGUACCAUCGACGACGGAGUCGCGGCUGGAGCCGGAGGAAGAUGAGGGUCAAGGUGAAGAAGAAGCCGCCGCAGCCGCCGGAGGCAAAGAACGAGGAAGCGAGCGGAAGGGCGCCAAGGACUGCGCGCUUCCUCCCGCCGCCGCCGCCACCGCCGAAGCCGCCGCCGCCGCCGCCACCGCCGAAGCCGCCGCCGCCGCCGCCGCUGCUGCGGCCGUGGCGUUGGAUAUUUCGUCGAGUUCCGGGGUAGAGGCGUCCUCCGGCGCGAACGCCGCAGGGCCGAUGAUCGUCGAGCCGGUGGCUUCGCACGUGACGGCGGCGAUCACAGGGGUGAGCGGGGGAACAGAAAAGGCGGAGGAAAAGGUCGAUAGCGGCGUCGCCCCCGGCGAGGCCUUGACGGGAGCUGGGGAGCCGGUGGAGGCGGAAACCGGCGAAGCGCGAACGACGUUGAGUUCGUCGGGGGCUCAGGCGGCGGCAGAGGAGGCGGGGACAGGUGCAGCGAUGGCGGCGACGGCGGUGGUGGCGGCGACGGCGGAAUGGGACGGACAAGUGAUUCCUUUGCGUCGGAUGCCGCUGAGGCGGGGAUCGAGAUUCAGCUGUCUCUACGAGGAGCAGCAAGAGGAGCAGAUGGAAGCAGUGCGAGAAGAAAUGCGUACCGAAGACGGGGUUCGGUGGAAGGAGGCGUUGGAGGCCCUCACGACAGCAACGGGACAACUUAACUCGCUCAAGACGGUGGCGGGCACGUUCACCGAGUCGACCAUCACGCUCGACCCGAAAGAGUUUUUUUCGACGGUGCAGGAGGCACGCUGCCGGCUGGACGACGCCCUGCGCGUCCAGGCCGCCGCGGUGCCCGAGGACCUCGAGGACCACCUCGUCAUCAUCGGCGCUCACCCGCGCUUGCAGUACUACGUGGCCGCGAUUCGUCGGCAACGCCCCGACUUGGCCAUCGUUGUGGUCACCGAAGACAAGGCGAGCGAAAGGUUCUUCGAGUUGCGCGAGAAGAUUGCAGAAGCGAAGUGCGACUGCGCCGACCUGAACAUCACCAAGAUCUUUUCCGUUACCGGGAAGCGCCAACAAAGAGGAACCUUCACAAAGGCCAGGGUGGCAAACUCUGCCGCUGUGCUUCUCGUGUCGGACAAGCCGAACGACACGGACGUGCUCCUGGUAUCGUUCGAGCUGGAGCAAAUGCUGAGGGAGAUACCAGCAGGUCAACAUGCCCCCAAGGUGUUGAUCGACCUGCACACCGACAACAGCAUCUACUACUGCGGAAACAUGCUCGGCCAUGGGGGGGGGGGGUCCAACGCUAGGCGCGGGCGCAGCAGCCGCAUCCUCAAGGAAUCGUCGGCGUUAACCUCCGCCGGCGUGUGGGAGUGGCCACUUUUCGCAGCUGGGAUGGUGUGGACUGAAUCAAUCAUGGAGGUGUUCGAGGUGCAGACGUACUUCAGCACAGAGUUUUUGGCGUUCUUCGAGACCCUUCUCCAGAUGAAACGCCUGGUACUCGUCGGGAACGAGCUGGUAGACGACGCAUCCAUCAUGGAGCCCGCAGUGCCGCCCCCCGCCUCUUCUGGCCGCGAUGUCGACGAAACCCGUGACACUACGCCCUCUGCUGGUGCUAGAGGAAAGAAGCCCCCUUCGCGCCACUCGCCGAUCCGCGGACAAGCUGGGACUGCUUCCACUGUCCCGCCCACGGGGCAGUUUGACAUGCUACGCGUGGCGUCGGGCAAGUUUUUGGGGGGAAGGUACGACGCCCUGGUGCGGGAGCUCAUCCUGCAGGGUGCUAUGCCGCUGGGACUCUACCGUCCCGCAGGCACGAAGGGCAGCAGUCUGCCCUACACUCAGGUCAACCCCGAAGUCUCCGAGCGCCUCGUAAAAGGGGAUUUCGCGUUCGUCCUGAGGUCUGGAACUUGCUCCCUGGUUGGCUCGGUCUGAGGAGUCCACGCACGCACGUUGCUUUCCGCGUGGACGCUGCUUUCCGCGUAGACGAAUCAUAAUCUGACGGGCUGAAGGAAGCCGUGCGGAAAUCCGAGAAUCGCAAGCUGCGGGGGGGAGGGUGCUGUCAACUAUCGAUCUGUUUUGCUGGUUCUGUCCUGAUGGAUCGUUCUGUUGUUUUGACCUCGGAUCGUUUCCCGGAUUGCCUCUGAAGAAAAUACCCAUAAGCAAGCAAGCGUGGGAGAUGUUUUGGUGGACGUUAGGCCCAAUGGUGAUGCUUGUCUCCGUCUGAAACAUGUCGAGGGGCCAGGUUGUUGGGGGAUUGUGUUGAGGGCGGGACACAGGCAGUGCGCGAGGGGGGGAGGCAAUAUCCGGUGAGUAUUGGUUGCCUAUACAUGUACAAUUAUACAUUUGUGUUCGCUGGUCGUUAGCAGUAGAGGCUGCUCGGGUGUUCUUUUCCCCUCUGUCUCCAGGCGGCUGUUCGACUUGGAGAGUCUUUCAUGUUUUUUGAAGCAGCUGUAACAUUCUUUUCUUUCUUUCUAGCGCAGCAGUAGCGGGUAGAACAGCGAAGGACCGGUCUCCGUAUCACAGCAGGUUCGAUGACGCACACGUCUGUACUCGUGGUUGCGCCCGCCCGCCCGCGAGGAAGGUCUGAACCGCGUAGUAAAGUGGGUAGGGUAGGCCACUCAAGGACUGUAGCAAUCUAAGAGGGGGAACGCCGUUGUUGCUCGGCGCGGCUGAUUGAUGUGCGACUGUAGAUGUCCGUCGUCGGUCGGCCCCAUUUGCCCUCUCCUCAACUCAGAACAACACCCGCCGCCUACUUGUUGGUGAUCUCUUUUUUUCUACUGCUGUCAUCGACUCCCACGUUUGUUCCUUUGUUGUGCUGCUGCUGCUGUUGUUUUCUGCUGCUUGGGUCUUGGCUGCUCAUAUUGCAUUAUUUCACCCCCUCCGCCCUGGCUCUCACCCUUCGUGAGGCACAGACAGGCAAACAAACGGUGGUGCAUAGACUCUGUAGCUAACAAGAACCCACGACCGGCAGCAGCAGCACAACUUGCACAAUGUCGGAACGUUGGACCGAUCAUACAUGGUCGUUUUUGCAUGUUCUUGCAUCACCCCCUACCUCGGUGCUCUCUUUACCCCACUCCGGAGGGACGCCUUGUAGACGAUAUAGAUAUUGUAGUCCUGCUGAUCGAUCUGCCCAGGUCGACAUUUGAGUGCAUUGUUUUGCCCGUA